CGCCGCCUCCUUCCUCUGGUCGGAGAUUUCAGAGUGAAAAAUCUCCAGAUUUGGGAAUUGCUCUCCAAGCAUCUCGGAACCCUAAUUUAACGUCUUCUCCGUCAGAUUCCUCCUGUCCCCACCUCCCUAAAACCCAAAGGAGGCUUCUUUCGAUUCCCAACAAUGGCGACAGAAGCCGCCACAACUGCAUCCAAAUUCCCGGAAUCCGAUCUCCGUCCAAUCCCUCAACCACCGGAUUUUCAUCCGGCGAUUGUCGUUCCAGCUCAGAACAACGGACUUCGAUUCUGGCAGCUCAUGGUCGCCGGUUCGAUUGCUGGCUCCGUCGAACACAUGGCGAUGUUUCCAGUGGAUACCGUCAAGACCCAUAUGCAAGCUCUCCGUUCAUGUCCGAUUAAACCCGUCGGAAUCCGGGAAGCUUUCCGAUCAAUAAUCAAAACUGACGGACCGUCUGCUCUGUAUCGAGGUAUAUGGGCGAUGGGACUCGGCGCAGGACCAGCUCACGCCGUUUACUUCUCCUUUUACGAAGUCUCGAAGAAGUAUUUAUCCGGUGGAAACCGUAAUAACUCCGCCGCGCACGCUGUAUCCGGCGUAUUCGCCACCGUAUCGAGCGACGCCGUUUUUACUCCGAUGGAUAUGGUUAAGCAGAGGCUUCAGAUUGGGAAUGGGACUUAUAAAGGGGUUUGGGAUUGUAUCAAGAGGGUAACGAGAGAGGAAGGUUUUGGUGCGUUUUACGCCUCUUAUAGAACGACGGUGCUGAUGAAUGCUCCAUUUACGGCGGUUCAUUUCGCGACGUAUGAGGCGGUUAAGAGGGGAUUGAGAGAGAUAUCGCCUGAGCACGUUGGCCGCGAGGAGGAGGAGGAAGGUUGGUUGAUCUAUGCUACUGCAGGAGCUGCCGCUGGUGGCUUGGCGGCUGCUGUGACUACGCCGCUUGACGUUGUCAAGACGCAAUUGCAAUGUCAGGGUGUGUGCGGUUGUGAUCGCUUCAAGAGCGGUUCAAUAAGCGAUGUGUUUCGUACAAUCGUGAAGAAAGACGGUUAUAGAGGACUUGCCAGAGGAUGGCUACCAAGAAUGCUCUUCCAUGCUCCAGCAGCUGCGAUUUGCUGGUCCACUUAUGAAACAGUCAAAUCAUUCUUUCAAGAUCUCAACGGCGACUCAAACGCAGCUUGAAAAGACACAAAACAUGCGUUCGGCUUCUUACCUGAUUCAGGUAAAUGAUUCUUCAUAGAGCAGCUGGUUGUUAGUGUUAACACUAGCUCUUUAGAGAGAUGUCUGUUUGUAUAAUUAUUUGUUUUCAAUUUCACGUAAUAAUGUUUGUCAGGUUAGAGUUCCAACCCAAAGCGUUUUUUUUUUUUGUUCUUUUUGAUUUUCAUUGACGGUAGAAAAUUUUGUAUUUUUAUUUGUUUUUAUGAGAAGUACUAAAAGGAAUAGAUGAGCUUUAAAUAGUGUCCAUUCACAAGGAUGAAGAUUCAAUCUCAAA